UCAUGGAUAAUUUAGAUUGUCAAUCCAUUUUGAAAGAUUCAGACUUGAAAAAUGGAAAAAUUAUUUUAUUCUAUUUUUAUAGCAUUCGUUUUGAAUAAAGGUUUAGUCGAAGGUCAAUACACUAAUUUGACACAAUAUCCGGGAGAAUUGUGUAAUUCAAAAUGUGUUAAGGGGCAGCGGCGGAUUUGCUAUUUCGACUGGACUUUGGAACUUUAUCAUGCAAUGGGACCGGCUUGUGGAAAGUGUGAACAAGGAGUCGUAACUGACUGCUUUAAACCACAGUGCAUUAUAGGCGAUGGCUUUCAAAAAGGAGUUAUGAGCAUAAACAGAAUGAUUCCAGGACCUCCGAUUCAUGUUUGUCAAGGAGACCAGGUCGUUGUUGAUGUAAAGAAUGAGGCUAUUGGUACAGCUGCUACAAUUCAUUGGCAUGGACUUGAAAUGUUGGAAACUCCCUUUAUGGAUGGCGUGCCAUAUGUAACCCAAUGUCCUAUACCAUAUGGUACAACAUUUCGGUAUAAGUUCUAUGCAAGAGCGCCUGGGACAUUCUUUUACCAUUCACACUCUGGAAUCCAAAAGCUAAAUGGACAAUAUGGAGCUUUAAUAGUUGGACAACCAGAUGAAGAUAAUUUACAUAGUUAUGAAUACGACUAUGAUCUGCCUGAACAUUAUCUUCUCAUCUCCGAUUGGAAGCAUGGUUAUGCGGAGAAUUCCUUCCCAGGCCUUCCUAAGGGCGAAUCAUACCCUGACUCAAUUUUAAUCAAUGGACGAGGAACUCAUAUCAACAAAAAUACUUUCGAACGUAGUCAAGUUCCGUGCACUAUUUUGUAUGUCAAACCGGGAUAUAGAUACAGGGUCAACAUCAUCAAUAGUUAUUCAUUAACAGAUAUUGUUCAAAUGCAGAUCGAAGACCAUAGUAUGAUUGUGAUAGCAACAGAUUCCUACGAUGUAGAACCGUUUGAAGUGGACAGUUUAGUAACGAAUUCUGGCGAAAGAUAUGAUAUUAUCAUCGAAGCUUAUAAAACUCACGGUGAUUACUGGAUAAAAUUCCAAGGAUUGAAUACGCUCCAACCUCAACCAACUGAAUCAUUUGUAUUGCUACGUUACAUAACCAGUGAUGCCGACUACAAAACUCCACAACCCCCUUAUCCGGCCUAUAAUGAAAACAAAUAUCCCACGGGAAUUCGUUUAAAUCAUCCCGAAGCAAUAUGUUCUGAUAAUGACAAUGAGUAUUGUGUUUCUGAUCUUGAAGCAUUGGAAAAAGAUAACGCUCUUGUUACCAAAAAACCUGAUUAUCAGCUUAUUUAUUCAUUCUACAAUAACGUUUUUCCAGUUGAAAAGGGAUUUGUGCCUGGAAAAUAUAAGCGAUUUGAUAAUCCAGAAGGAGAUAUUAUUGCAGAUGGGGUUGUGAACAACAUCAGCUUAAUUUUGCCUCCUCAAACAAUUCUCACUCAAUAUUCUGAAGUCGAUAAAAAGAUGUUUUGCGACAAAAGUAACUGCCCAGAAAAAUGUGAUGGAGAAUCCACUCGCGAAUGCAUUCAUUUAGUUAAAAUCAAAACCGACAGCAUUGUGGAAAUGACCAUUCACGACCAAGCCGACGUACCUGGUUUAUUUCAUCCAUUCCAUCUGCAUGGAUAUCGUUUUGCUGUAAUGGGAAUGUCCAAAGAUGCAACUAAUUUAACUAAAGCUAUUAAUGAUGCCAGGAAAUGUAAGAAUCGUCAACCGGUUUGGAAGGAUUCUGUAACAAUUCCAAGGAACGGAGUGAUGGUGGCUCGAUUUCGAGCAAAUAAUCCAGGAAUUUGGCUAAUGCACUGUCAUUAUACCCUUCAUUUGGCUACAGGAAUGGCUUUUCUUUUUCAAGUUGGGGAACCCAGUGAAUGGGUGCCAACACCAGUAGGGUUUCCAAAAUGUGGAAAUUAUAAGCCCGGAGUUGAGAAACGUGUUACACAUUACAAUAUGAUUAAAAAGCUUCUAGCGGAGGCUUUUGUAGUCCUGGUUUUGAGUGAAUAUUUAGCCUUGGCUCAGUUUGCUAAUUUAACCCAAUAUCCUGGAGACUUGUGUGAUUCUAAAUGUGUCAAAGGUAAAAAACGGUUGUGCUAUUUCGAGUGGACGCUGGAACUCUACCAGGCAAUGGGACCAGCUUGUGGAAAAUGUGAGCAAGGAGUAGCAUCUGAUUGUUCCAAGCCUCAGUGCGUUGUAGGUGAUGGUCAUCAAAAGGGAGUUAUGAGUAUCAAUCGGAUGAUUCCAGGUCCUCCAAUGCAUGUCUGCGAAGGAGAUCAAGUCAUCGUGGAUGUCAAAAAUAUGGCUCCCGGGACAGCUGCUACAACACACUGGCAUGGGUUGUACGUGGGGGAAACUCCUUUUAUGGAUGGUGUGCCAUUUGCCACACAAUGUCCCAUUUUGUUUGAUUCCACAUUUCGCUACCAGUUCUAUGCAAGUGAACCCGGAACGCAGUUCUACCAUUCACAUUCAGGCCUCCAUAAAUUAAAUGGACAAUACGGUGCAUUGAUAAUUCGAAAACCAGAUGACGAUAACCCACACAUUGGCUCUUACGACUACGAUCUACCUGAACACAAUAUACUUAUCUCCGAUUGGAAACAUACUUAUGGAGAAAAUUCCUUCCCUGGGAUUCCAAACCGGGAAUCAUUCCCUGACUCGCUAUUGAUCAAUGGGAGAGGAACUUAUGUGGACAAAAAUACGUUCAAGCACAACCAAGUACCUGUCACCAUAUUUUAUGUCAAACCUGGAGCACGUUAUAGAUUCAGAUUGAUGGAUGUUAUGUCACUCGCGGACAUCGUUCAGAUACAGUUCGAAAAACAUAGAAUGAUGGUGAUAUCAACAGAUUCCUACGACGUCAAACCUUUAGAAAUCGACACCCUUCUUAUGAACGCAGGCGAAAGAUACGACGUUGUUAUCAAUACAAAUCAUACCGAGGGUGAUUUUUGGAUUCGAAUUCGAGGAGCAUUCAAGUAUCCGCCACAACCAACUGAUUCAUUUGCCCUAUUACGCUAUGUUAAUAAUGAUUCGGACAUUGACAAACCGCAGCCACCUUUCCCGGACUACAAUCACACCUUUCCCAUCGGAAUUCGCCUCAAUCAUCCACAAGCAACAUGUUUCCAAGAUGAUUCGGAAUAUUGUGUUGUUGACUUAAAAGCUUUAGAAAAAGACACAGAUCUUGUAACAAGAAAACCAGAUUAUAGACUUAAAUUUUCGUACCAAAGCAAAGAAUUUCCGGCUAAUAGAAGAUUUGUUUCAGGAGAAUAUAAGCGAUUUGAAAGUGAGAAAGAUUUAAUAUUAGUUCACAUUUCGCUAUGUAUUAAACACUUUUCAUAUACCUACCAAACAGAUCCUAAUGGAAAUGUAAUAAGCACUGGAAUUAUUAACAAUAUUAGUCUUAUUGUGCCUCCCCAACCAAUUCUAACUCAAUAUUCAGAAGUCGAUAAAAGUCUAUUUUGCAACAGCAGUCAUAUGCCAGAUAAAUGUAAUGGAGAACCGAUUUGCGAAUGCAUUCAUUUGAUCCGAAUCAAAACAAACAGUAUUGUUGAAUUAACUUUGCAGGACCUUAAAAACACACCAGGGAUGGAUCAUCCAUUCCAUUUGCAUGGUUAUCGUUUUGCUUUGAUGGGAAUAGAAAAUGAUACCAGCAAUCUUACAAAAGCUAUUGAAAAUGCCAGUAAAUAUAAGAGGAGUCGACCUGUGUGGAAGGACACUGUUUCAAUACCAAGGAAUGGAGUAGCUGUACUUCGAUUUCGAGCAGAUAAUCCGGGAAUUUGGUUACUGCACUGUCAUUAUGAGCUCCAUAUGGCUACAGGAAUGGCCCUACUUUUCCAAGUCGGUGAACCAGAUGAAUGGGUUAGGCCUCCAGUGGGUUUUCCCAGAUGUGGCAAUUAUAUGCCUGGAGUUAAGAAAGGUUUUUAAACAAACAAUAUUUAAAUAGUUUGUUAAACCAAAAACUAGUUGGUUUUUAUUGUUUUAAAAUACUGAUUUCAAAAUCAAAAUCUUGGGUUCCAACAAAGAUUACGUUUUGUUCAAUUUUUAAUUAAAUAAAUUAAAAACUUCAAUCAAAAAACAA